CGCCGCCGAGGGGAGGCCGCGCCGAGCGGGGCCGGGAGCGAAGCGGGACCGGGACCGGGAGGGGAGCGGGGCCAUGAGCGACAUCCGGCACUCGCUGCUGCGGCGGGACGCGCUGAGCGCCGCCAAGGAGGUGCUCUACCACCUGGACAUCUACUUCAGCAGCCAGCUGCAGAACUCGCCGCUGCCGCUCGUGGACAAGGGCCCCACAGAUCUGCUCGAAGAGUUCCUCUUCCAGGUCCCCAAGGAGCGCGGAGCGCCGCCCAAGAGACUGACCCCACUUCAGGAACUUCAGCUCCUUGAGAUCAUGUGCAAUUAUUUCCAAGAGCAGACCAAGGAUUCAGUCCGGCAGGUCAUCUUUUCAUCUCUCUUCAGCCCCCAGGGGAACAAAGCAGAUGACAGCAGGAUGGCCCUGCUGGGGAAGCUGGUCUCCAUGGCAGUGGCUGUCUGCAGGGUGCCUGUGCUGGAGUGUGCUGCCUUCUGGCUGCAGAGGACCCCAGCUGUGUUCUGUGUGAGGCUGGCCCGAGCCCUGGUGGAUGAUUACUGCAACCUGGUGCCAGGCUCCAUCCAGACCCUGAAGCAGAUCUUCACUGCCAGCCCUCGCUUCUGCUGCCAGUUCAUCACAUCAGUCACAGCUCUCUACGACCUCUCCUCAGAUGACCUGAUCCCUCCCUCAGACCUGCUGGAGCUGAUUGUCUCCUGGAUCUUUGAGGACCCUCGUUUGAUCCUGAUCACCUUCCUGAACACUCCCAUCGCAGCCAACCUGCCCAUGGGAUUCCUGGAGCUCACCCCGCUCACCGGCCUCAUCCGCUGGUGCGUCAAGGCCCCCCUGGCCUACACCAGGAAGAAAAAAGCCUCUCUCUCCAAUGGACACCCUCCCAACAAAAUUGCCAAGGACUCAGCUUCAGGAGAAGACAGGGAUUGCCACCAGCUCUAUUCCAAGCUGCAUCUGAGUGUCCUGCAGGUUCUUAUGAUGCUCCAGGGGCAUUUAACGGAGAAAAACCUUUAUGGGCGCCUGGGGCUGGUACCCUUUGACCACGUGGUUCCUCUGGUGGAGGACAUUAACAGACUGUCUGAUGAACUCAAUCCUCUCAAUGCAUCCAAAGAGAUUGAACUUGCUCUGGACAGGCUGGCUCAGGCUUUGCAAGUGGCCAUGGCAUCAGGAGCUCUCCUGUGCACCAGAGAUGACUUGAGGACUGUGUGCUCCAGGCUACCACAUAACAACCUGCUCCAGCUGGUGAUUUCGGGCCCGGUGCAGCAGCCGACGCACGGGGCUCUGCCCCCCGGCUUCUACCCGCACAUCCACACCCCUCCCCUGGGCUACCCCGCGCUGCCCGCGCACCCCGUGCAGACCUUCAUCCCGGGCGUGGCCUUCCCCUACCGGCCCAUCCGCUAGCCCUGGGUGCCGGCAAGCCCCAGAGACAAAAAACAAACGCCUGGGAAGCGCCUUUUCCUCUUGGGAGCAGCAGAGCCGAGCUCCGCCCGCGGCCCCGGGCAGCGCCGCGCUGGGGCUGGGGGCGGGAUGCACAUCCCGGGACAAAAGGAGGGGAUGGGAAUGGACAACAUCAAUUCCUCUGCAAUUCCUCCAUCCAAACCUCUGCGGGCUCUGGAAGUUUUUCUGACGUUCCUAAACCUCUGCGGGGUGUGGAGGUUUUUCUGAUGUUCCUCCAUGGGGUUUUGGAGCUGUUUACAGCAGGGUGAGCCCGGCUGCUCUGGCUCUGGGAAGGCCUUCUGUGAUUUAUUUUUUUUUUCCCCCAGCUAUUCCACUCCAGCCUGCUUGUUUCUUUGUAAAUGUUUGUAUCUAUAGCUACAGAGGAUGUGUACACUGUAUAUUUUUGGAAGGCAAACGUUUGUUUCUGAAGCACAAGGUAGAGUAAAGCAGCACUUCCUAUUAAAGGAAACAAUUUAAGAAGCAUCAAAAAAA